CUUUUACUGCGCAAUGUCUAGUGAGAGCGCGGAAAUGGAUACAAAGGAACUUAGGAAGUUAAUUGAAGAUAAGGCAAACGAUGCAAUAGAAAGAAUACAAACAUGUCGCGAUACAUAUCGAAGAGAGAUGGCUGAGUGUAAGCAGUUUGUGAUCGAUAAAGUAUCUACGUUUUUUGCUGAUUUAGAAGCACAAAGUCAAAAACAAGAAAUCAUGGAUGACGAAAUAAUUCAGAGGCUUAUAGUAGAACUCAUGGAACAACUCGAAAACAUAGAUACACUUUUGAGUGAAAUUCAUAUGUGUAGAGAUACACUUUCAAAACUAAACGAGAUGUUAACUGGAAAAGAUGAUUUUAACUGAAUUACACUGUUGUAAAUCUCUACAUGUGUUUUUUUGCAAGGCGGAGUGUGAGACGUUUAUAUAUCUCGAAACUUAACCUGAACUGAAGAGUUCAGUCAACUUUUGUUAAAUACUUCAUUUUCCCUGGAAAGUUUGCGUAAUUCUAAUAAAAUGUUUAUUCCGGAA